CAGCAUGCACUUUAUACAAGGUGCAAUCACUGUCUGUAUGGUGGUAGGACAUGCCAGUGCGGAGCCUGUAUGGCCGCAUAUGGAUCAGACCUCGCGCGCUUCAUUUCGCAGGAAGAUCGCCGCACCAGGAUUUGACAUAGGUGUCCUAUUUGGGCGUGUAUCGCUGCACCAGGAUCGGACAUAUGGGCGCCUUGUCUGGAGUCCUAUGAUCCCCUCCUCCACGAUGAAUCAUCAUUGAAGAGAUGGGUUCUCCGUCGAGGUGCCUCAUUGGUACCUACUUUGCCCGAGUCGUGGUAAGUUACAACUGGGCCAGUCCGGGUGGCGGGUCGUUAGUUGUGAUUGGUGAUAGCGGUAAACAAAGUCCACGUAUCAUAAAGCUUGGACAUCGUGUCUCUGUGUAUGCGAUGUCCAAGUCAGAUACGGCGAAGCUGCGCCCUUGGACUGUUCAGUUUGCUGCAACCUCAACCAUUCUGCCGAGUACUAUGUCUACCCUACAACUCAAUUUGAACCCUACGAUGGGCAGUGUGUUAAUUGGCGCACUUUUCUCCGCAUUGUUCUACGGCUCGACAUUGGCUCAAGUCGCGUAUUACUCUUGGCACUAUCUGCGCCGCGACAGACUACUCGUGAAGACACUCGUGUUCUGCACAUUGACGCUCGACACGGUCAUAACCAUCUCGGACGUCGGCAUUGUAUGGUCCUACGUUGUCCAGGGCCACGCGCAGCUACUUGCCCUUACCGUCGUGCCGAAAAUUUUUGCAGUGCAAUAUGCGAUGUUGCGCGCGACUAUAUGCGUUGUUCAAAUCUUCUAUAUCCACGGAAUUUGGCGACUAUUUGGGCAGUCCAGAUCAACGUAUAACUUAAUGCGACUGACAGUGACUAUCCCCCCCAUGGUACUGUCUCUACUGGCUUUCAUAUCCGGCCUCGUGGGAGUCUACGAUACUGCUACGCACGGCUGGAUUAUCACGAAUACUCUUCGCCCAGACGUGGUACCGAGCGCAAUCAAUAAUUGUGCCGCUGCAGGGGCGGACGUAUGUAUAUGCAUUGCCCUCUGUUGGAUGUUGCGCAGCAGGAUGACGGGCUUCAAAAACACCGACAAUGUCAUCCGGACACUUACAGUCUACAUCGUCAACCGCGGGAUCCUCACGACCGUAAUACAGAUCGUUAAUCUAGGAAUGUUUCUGUCUUCCAUCGCACCCAGCACGUUGACGUGGUUCAUCUUCAACUGUGCGGGAGUCAAGAUGUAUGUUAACUCGAUGAUGGCCGUCCUGAAUGCUCGCCAACACCUGAAUUCCGGCAGUGACGAGGUGUCCUACGUAUCCGGCUUCACAGAAGGCACGGCUAACUUGAAGGUUGGCGCUAGGAAGGUUACAGCCACGGAUCCGGAGACUGUUUGCUUGGAUACGUACUGCGGAUGAUAGUCUGUCUCGCUAUCCUUAGUCGAGACUUCCUGACUCGUGGUGUCGUGGUGUUGCCGCUCUUGUCAGUCGAGGACGCCCGAGUAUGUGCUUCAGUGCCAGUGUACGCUGUUUCCACAACCACUAUGGCUCUAAUGCUAUGCUAUUCUAUUUUCCGGAAGUACUGACAAG